GGGUGGACCUAUCCCGGGGUCCGCCAAGACUCCCGCCCUAGACCCCCUUUCCUCCUUCACGGCCAUGGCCUCCUUCCUCCUCUCUUUCUGCCUGCUCCUCCCUGCCACCGCCGCCACGUCGGCGGGCCGCCUGGUCCCUUACGACCUGCUCUAUGCGGACGGAGCGCGGGCGUAUUUCGCCCGGGACUGGGGGCGGGCGGCCGAGCUGCUGCAGCGCGCCCUUCAGAGCUACGCGGGGCUGCGGGCUGCCCGCCUCGACUGCCGCGCCCGCUGCCUCCGGGAGGCGGCCUUCCUCGGCGUGCCGGCGGGGGCCGGGCCCUGGGAAGCCGCCCUCUUCGGCCGGGUGCUUCAGCGAGCCGACUGCCUGCAGCACUGCUUGGGGCAGCGCCUGGGCACCGCACCCUCCGCCCACCGCGCCAGCCGCGCCAUUCGCCGGGACUUCGAGCGGAGGGAGCCCUACAACUACCUCCAGGUGGCUUUCUUCCAGCUGAAGAAGCUGGAUCAGGCCGUGUCUGCUGCUCACACCUUCUUUGUCGCUAAUCCCCAGCACCUCCAAAUGCGGGAGGACAUCGAGAAGUACCGGCGUAUGUCAGGGGUGAAGUCAGACAACUUCCAGGACCUGGAGGCCAUACCACACUGGGAAGCAUAUGAGGCUGGGGUGCAGCACUACAAUGCAGAUGAGUACCUGCAAGCUGUGGCCAAGCUGGAGGAGUCCCUCUCAGAGGCGCUGUCAGCACUGGAGGAGUGUCGUGCUCUGUGUGAAGGGCCUUGGGAGGAUGAGGACGAGGAGGAGGAGAUGCAGCCUGGCCUGUAUGAAGCCAUUGCAGCCCAUUACGUUCAAGUUUUGAAGUGCAGACAGCAGUGUGUCCUUGAAAUUGCCACAAAGCCAGGGCGAAUUUCUGCCACAGAAGAUUUCAUACCCUCUCAUCUUGAUUUACUGCAGUUUGCCUAUGAUCAAGUUGGGAACCAGACCUUGGCUGCUGAAUGUGUUGCUUCCUACUUGCUCUUCUAUCCCACGGAUGAGCUUAUGUUGGAGAAAAUGAAAAAGUAUCACACAGAACUGGGAGAGGACACAGCUGUCACAGCCAGAGAGAGUAUUCAACAUUAUGUGCAGAGAUCUUUGAUGGAGAAGAAGUUAAUUUAUUAUGCAGUGGAGCAUCUAGGAGGAACUUUUAACGACCCUGAUCUCUGGACUCCAGAUGAGCUGAUUCCUGAAAACCUAAAGGAGAAACACAGAGAGGAUCAGGAGAAGCAAACCCAGGAAACUCUGGAUGUGGAAGAGAGAGAGAAGAGGGGUCCUUUGCCUUUUGAGGGCAUUGCUAUCACUAUGGAUUCCCGUCAGAUGAAUGGAACCCAGAGGGUGGUGUUUGACAGAGUGCUGACAGAAUCUGAGUGUAAGGACCUUCUCAGGCUGACAAAGGAAGCAGGAGAAGCAGGAGAUGGCUACCGGGCAAGACGGUCGCCUCACACCCCACAUGAGAGAUUUGAAGGGUUAACCGUUUUGAAGGCUGUGCAGCUCGCCCAGAAUGGGGACGUGGACUGGAGAGAUGCCAGAUUGCUUCUGCAGGCCAGUGAGAAAUCACGGAAAAUAAUAGAAUCCUAUUUUACUCCUGGAAAGAAGCUCCAUUUCUCAUUCACACACCUUGUGUGCCGCACAGCUGUAGAUGAGGAACAAGAAGGUCGCUUGGAUCUUAGUCAUCCUGUCCAUGCUGAUAAUUGUCUCUUGGAUCCUGAGGGGCAGGAGUGCUGGAGAGAACCACCUGCCUAUGUGUACAGGGACUACAGUGGCAUCCUCUACCUCAAUGAUGACUUCCAGGGUGGGGGCCUGUUCUUCACUGAAAUGGACACUGUGACUGUCACUGCUGAGGUACACCCUAAGUGUGGGAGGCUGGUAGCCUUCAGCUCUGGCAAGGAAAACCCCCACGGCGUUUGGGCAGUGGGCCGUGGGAGACGCUGCGCCAUUGCUCUCUGGUUCACGCACUCGCAGGAGCAUGCAGAGCAGGAACGGGUGAAGGCAGAGGAGCUAAUGGAGCAGAAGGCUGUGGAGCCAGACUGGACUGAUGGAGAAGAACGUCAGGGGACUCAUGGCAGUGGCAGAUCCUCCUCAGAGCGGGCUGUUCCCAACGGUGGAGCCAGGCCCACAAGCCAGAGACAGAAGCCUGUCUCGGUUGGAACACAGCAGCCCAAGAGACUGCGGGCCAGAGAUGAAUUCUGAGUACAUGGGGCCCCAGGGGCAGGACUGGCACACACCAUGUGGCAGGUUGCAGUGGCACCGGGAUCACAGGGACUUGGAGCAGUGUAUUAGCAUGCUAGAGCCGUAGUGAUGGGGAGGGAUGCAGCUUUCUUUUCUGUGACCUCCCAGCAGCUGAAAAAUGGGAGCAGGGACAGAGUAUUAAAAUCAGUGACACACGGAACUUUCUUCACUGCCUCACCAACGUGUCUGUGUCACUCAGAAGUAAGAUACAAGUUCCUUUCACCCCACACUCCUCAGUACCAGCUUCUUGCUCAUCCGAGGCCAGAUCCAAGAGGAGGAGGAGCCUGGAAUCUUUCAGCAAGGGCUGUUUCUCAUUCAGGAACUCAAAACCAGAAGCCUUUUGAAUUUCCUAGAUACCUGCAAACUCUAGAACUUUGCAACUGUUUUGGG